AUGCGAAUUGUAACUAACAUUACUCUCAGUGCGUUAUCAGAGCAACAGCUAGCGGUUCUGGAACAGCAGGUAAAAUCCGAGGAACCCAAUCCCUCUAUCCAGUCCCAGUUCAAUUACGCAUGGGCGCUGAUCAAGUCUUUUGAUAGAGAGGAUAACAAGCAUGGCAUUGACAUACUGACUGACAUAUUCAAAAAUGUGCCCAAGAGAAGACGGGAGUGUCUUUAUUACUUGAGUUUGGGAUGUUACAAAAUAGACGAGCUCCAGGAUUCCAAGAGGUAUAUCGAGGCUUUGCUCUCACACGAGCCUGACAAUCUGCAAGCCAUUAGGCUGAAGAAGGCCGUGGAAGAUAAAUUGUCGAAGGACGGUUUGAUAGGCGUGGCCAUUCUGGGAGGGGCUGUUGCGAUUGGGGCUGCUGCUUUGACUACUAUUUUGUCUUUGGGCAGGAAAAAGCGCUGA